AUGGCUGGCAGUGAUGUGCAGAAGCGAGAAGUCAUCGAUCUCGCAAUUGCAGAGUCGACUCCAUUGAUGAAUGGCAUGAAUAUUCGUGUUUCAAACCCUAUGACAUCGAGUCAACGUCAACAGUUGAUUGGGACAUGGACCUCCAUUUUCAGCAACCUCGUUAAGGUUGUGCGGACCUGUCUUCCAUUCGCUUUCAAUAUCUACCCCCCUGUAGACUCCAACAUUCUACCCGAUGAAUUCCGGAGGCGCGUCAUAAACGCAUUGAUCAACGAUCCCACUCAACCAUUAGCUUUCAUGCAUCGAUUCACUGUCAACGCUGCCGGGGAUGUCACGAUCUUAGACGGAGUCCUCGACCAGCCCUUCAUAUUACAAAUGUUAAUUCAUUUUGUGUGGCGCAGUGGUACCGGACUAUCAGAAUUCAUCGAAGACCCCCUUGAAGAGUUCAACUACCUCUUUGCUGCUAUUGGGGCAAUCGCGAAGCUGAUAUUGUUCGAGCAAUUGUCACACCCUCCGGUCGUUAUCGCGCACAUGCAACUUGAGCACCCUCUCGUAACACAACAGCGGGCCAAGAAAGCAUGCAAUUCACUUGCAUCAAAGGGAGUCAGUCAUUCAGCAAUCUCUCAGGCUAGCAAGUGUAAAGAGUCCGAUGAAGGCAGCAUGGGUAUUGGGAGGCAGGGGCCACCACAAAAGAAAGCACGAAAAGAAACCGAACAGCAGCUAACUUCAGCUCGAACCUCCCAAGAUGCGUCUUGCACGAUCAAUGAUGCGUUUUUAGCAGAUGAAGAUAUCUCUGAUUAUAAACCUAGUGGCGACUCAGAGUUGGAUACUGACGCAGAAACUGACGAUGACUUAGAGGAACCGGAGUCCGUCGUAAAGUUCUUGUCAGCUGAAAUACCAAAAUUUGUCUCAAUGUCAGAGGCUGAAAGGCGUGACUUCCUGCUUACCCAACCAACCUGGCCUCAUACAUCUGAGUCUGCACCAAAGCUGACACAGAAAACUGAAUCAUUUCUGUCUAAAUCAACUGUGGCUACCAAGUUGAGGCAGACGGCUGAACCAUCUCCCAUGGCUUCCAGGUCAAGGCAAACAGCUGAACCUUUCCCCUUCUCGUUGGCCCAACCAAAGGCUCCCAUGGUUUCUAGGUCAAGGCAAACAGCUGAACCUUUCCCCUUCUCGUCGGCCCAACCAAAGGCUCCCAUGGCUUCCAGGUCAAGGCAGACAGCUGAACCUUUCCCCUUCUCGUCGGCCCAACCAAAGGCUCCCAUGGCUUCCAGGGCAAAGGCUCAGUCUGCGCGUGAUCGUAAACAAGAAAACGAGACACCUGUUUGGGUAGAUCAUUCCAAUGAUGUGGAGGAACUCGAGGCUGCGUCAAAUGACUAUGCUGAUCCGAAGUCUCCAAACAACAAUGUUUUGGUACUAGAUGAUGAUGAUGAUGACGACGACGACCAUCAUGGUCAUUCUCAGGGGCCCAAACUUGUACGGAGCGCAAAGCCUGGAAAGUUAAAACUCACAGACCAGGAUGACAGCACCCAAUGUGUUGUCCAACGAGCGAUACUGGAAGCCAAGGUUCAUAUGACCUUUAUCAAUGGCUAUCCAGACAUCACCGAGAAAAACCAAUUUACACAAGAUGCCCUCUUAACUGCAGCUCGCACCUGUGGCGUCACACCCAUCUAUGAUCGCCUCAAGACUAACGAGUUGUAUGCGUCUGCACUUGCAUCUCUGGUUGAUGCCCGAGUGCCGCUGUUUCGUACCGAAUUAAAAGAUGACGCUUGUGCACAAGUCACAGCAUAUUACCAUCUUGGUCCUGAUUGUGUUGAUGCUGCUAAGGCUCUGCUGGCGAGCCACGUUUACCAUUAUGCGCAGCGUUUUGAUGAGGAAAACAACCCCAUUCCGCAGGCGACAAAACCUUACUCUGCGGAUAUAUUGCCUUACCUAAUGAAGGGACGUUACUUCAAUGGGUCCAAGUCAGUUGGCGUGAAAUUCACAGACCGUUUUAAGGAGAUUGCAGGAAACAAGGCCCAACGGCCUGAGGUAACAAUUCCGAUGGUUGCUUUGACCAGCACUUCGGUGUAUGCUGCGCUCUUGUGGAAGUCCAACAAAUCUCCCUCCAAGUUCAAUUUCACAGGCAACCAGUUCAGCGAGGUCUAUACUUUCCAUGUAAACUUUCUCAACGAAAUGGAGGAGAAUGCGCCGAGCAAGUUUCACAAGUUGAUGGCCAACAUUUUCUUGGCUGUCCAGAAACUCUGCUCUAAUGGCGCCGCUGCCGUAGUGUCACACAAAGAUGCUAUGGCUUUCCUCGACCUUGAUGGCAUGGAUGAUGACGAGUAG